AUCUGUGCAAGGGCUCGGAGCUGCUGAAAUUUCCAGGUUACGUUUCCCUUAAAGUCAUUUCGGCAGGUUUCACCCUCGCUCCGGAUCAUCUCCCGUCGACCACUGUCACCUGACUGAAGAAGAAGAAGGAAAAAGCUGCAGGGAUGAAUCUUCCAGUGGCGAUUCUUGCAGUUUUUGCUUCGCUCGCCGUCUCUAGUGAAGCUACGGUCUACUUCAAGGAGCAAUUUCUGGAUGGAGAUGCGUGGAAAAGCCGGUGGCUCGAGUCGAAGCACAAGUCGGACUAUGGCCAGUGGAAACUGAGCGCGGGGAAGUUUUAUGGAGACGCCGAGGCUGAUAAAGGCAUCCAGACCAGCCAGGAUGCCCGCUUUUAUGCCCUGUCGGCCCGCUUCGAGCCCUUCAGUAACGAGGGAAAGACCCUCGUGGUCCAGUUCACUGUCAAGCAUGAGCAGAAAAUUGACUGCGGAGGCGGCUACGUCAAGGUCUUCCCCUCUAGCCAGGACCAGAGCGACAUGCACGGGGACUCACAGUAUUACAUCAUGUUCGGGCCUGACAUUUGUGGAUACAGCACAAAGAAGGUUCACGUGAUCUUCAAUUACAAGGGCCAGAACCAUCUCAUCAAGAAAGACAUCAAAUGCAAGGAUGAUGAGAUGACCCACCUAUACACACUGAUCCUGAAUCCAGACCAGACAUACGAGGUGAAGAUCGACAACGAGAAGGUGGAGUCCGGCUCCUUGGAGGAAGACUGGGACAUACUGCCCCCGAAGAAGAUCAAAGACCCCGAGGCCAAGAAACCCAGCGACUGGGACGACAGGGCCAAGAUCGACGACCCCACUGACACCAAGCCUGAGGACUGGGACAAACCAGAGACCAUCCCUGACCCUGAUGCCAAAAAGCCUGACGACUGGGAUGAGGACAUGGACGGAGAAUGGGAACCUCCCAUGAUCACCAAUCCCGAGUAUAAGGGUGAAUGGAAACCCAAGCAGAUCGACAACCCUGACUACAAGGGAGCCUGGGUUCACCCUGAGAUAGACAACCCAGAGUACACCCAUGAUGCCACCAUUUACAAGUUUGACAGCAUUGGAGUCCUUGGCCUGGAUCUGUGGCAGGUUAAAUCUGGAACCAUCUUUGACAACUUCCUGAUCACUGACGAUGUCAAAGAAGCAGAGAAAUUUGGAGAGGAAACCUGGGGAGUUACUAAGGACCCAGAGCAGAAGAUGAAGGAUCAGCAGGAGGACAUUGAGAGGAAGCUGAGAGAGGAGGAGGAGAAGAGCAAGAAGGACACUGAAGGGGAUGAGGAGGAGCAGGAGGAUGAUGCUGAUGAUGAUGAUGACGACGACGAGGACCCAGAAGAGGGAGACGAUGAUGAGGACGCAGGGACAGAAGAGGACAAUGAUUCGAAAAAGAAGGACGAGUUGUAGGAUCUCUAUGGCUGGCGUUUCAUACAGCAAACCUUUAGUUCAGGUGUAGGGCUGGGGGGUGGGGGGGGGCAGUGGAUGCUUGGGUCAGAUCAGAUUUAUUUUUUAUUGAUUCCCCCUUCUUCUUUUUUUUUAUUUUUAUUUUUUUAUACUUCACAUUAACAAAGGAUAAGGGUUUACAUGUUUUUCCUUAUGACUGUGUGUCUAAUUUAAUGAGAUUAACUAAACAGACCUGGUCCCAUGGUGCGUGUGUGAUUUGACUCCAUAUGUGUGUGUCCUGAGGAUAAUCUAGGAAUUCUUUUUUUUUAUUAUUUUUUAUUUUUUUUCCAUGCUGGGAUGAUUGAUUGAGUAUCUUUGAUGGGUUUAUGCACUUUUAUCCCUCUUGUGUGAUGUCGUACUGUUCAUUGUUUUGAACCUUUUUAAUUUAUUCAAUCAUUCCAUUUGUUUGCUGAAAACGUGUCGAUUCCUGAAGCUCGGUUUGUUCUUAAGUCCUUUCUCCAAGUGCGUGUGUGUCAAUCUUUGUCAUUGUUUUGAAUGAGUGACUGUACUGUGGGUGUAAAAUUUUUAAGUUAGUGAAUAAAUUGAAGCUUCUGUCA